UCCCCAGAACACCACCACCCUCAGGUCCAUCAUGCGUGGCUGUGAUAACAUGUGUAGUUACUGUAUAGUGCCUUUCACUCGUGGCAGAGAGAGGAGCAGACCCCUGUCUUCCAUAAUGGAGGAGGUCCGCAUGCUUUCAGAUCAGGGGGUAAAGGAGGUCACCCUCCUGGGACAGAAUGUGAACAGCUAUAGGGACCUGUCUGAAGAGCAAUUCUUCUGUUCGGAGGGCAACACUGAGCUCAGCCGAGGAUUCAAGACAGUGUACCGCAGAAAACAGGGAGGCCUCCGCUUUGCAGACCUUCUGGACAGAGUGUCCCUCAUCAAUCCAGAUAUGAGGAUACGCUUCACUUCACCACAUCCUAAAGACUUCCCUGAUGAGGUGUUACACUUGAUUCAGGAGAGAAGGAACAUCUGCAAACAGAUCCAUCUGCCAGCACAGAGUGGCAGCAGUCAGGUUCUUCAUGCUAUGAGACGUGGUUACACCCGAGAGGCAUAUCUUGAGCUUGUGGAAAACAUUCGUAAAAUAAUACCAGGAGUCAGUCUGAGCAGUGAUUUCAUCACAGGCUUCUGUGGAGAGACUGAAGAUGACCAUCAGCAGACCCUAUCUCUCCUCAGGGAGGUGGGCUAUAAUAUGGGCUUUCUCUUCGCCUACAGCAUGAGGAAGAAAACCCAUGCGUAUCAUCGUCUGCAAGAUGAUGUUCCUGUGCCAGUGAAACAGCGUCGUCUGGAGGAACUCAUCUCUGUUUUUAGAGAAGAGGCAGCUAAAGUCAACAUGGCUUUUAUUGGCAGUGCACAGCUGGUGUUGGUAGAGGGAGAGAGUAAAAGAUCUUCUGAGGAACUUUGUGGUCGAAAUGAUGGAAAUGUGAAAGUGAUUUUUCCUAAAACAGAUUUGCGUGUUCAGCCGGAGAAACCUCAGAUGGUCCCCAUUAAACCUGGAGAUUAUGUGUUAGUCAAGAUCACAUCAGCUAACUCCCAGAGUCUGAGAGGGCAUGCCUUGAUCUACUCCUCCCUGAACGACAGAAAAUCAUGGCCAUCUGAGCAUCUUCUGAGCGAACAGACAAUUUCAUGCUGACCCUGAGAUACCAUGUUACCUUUCUCAGUACACUAUAUGCAUGCUGUAAUUAAAUUAAUAGUAAAGAAAUAAAUAGCUAUUAUUCAUUGUAUUGAAGCAAAAUGUAUAUUAAAUGCAGAGUAAAUACAAAGAAAUGUAAUGGA